UGCAGUAUUCAUAAAACAGUCUUGUAUAAAAUACGAAUAAACUGGAUUAUUUUUCUUUCUUUAUUCUCUUCUAUUCAUUUUUAUUUUUAUUUUAUUUAUUCAUAUUGUGCGCAUCACAAACACCGAGGCAGAUUCCUUAUAUGUACAAACACACUGGGCAAUAAAGUCUCUUCCGAUUCUGAUUAUUUAUGGCUGCUACUACUCUGCAAAGCGCUCUCCUUCAUGAAACAGCUCAUCCUUUAUUUUUAUUAUUAUUUUUUAUUAUAAACUUUAAAAAUUAAACCCCUGACUACCGGAAAAGCCACACAUUUAAAAAAAAAAAAAAAAAAGUCCCCCACGUAAUUUGACGAUCACUCAGCGAUUCCCUCUGUUUCCUACUGUACUGGGAGAAGUGGAGCGCCACUACCGUCGCUAUUGCGCAUGACUGUACGUCGCGAUAUGAACUCGGCCUCCUGUUUUUCUCCCAACACGGAGUCCUCCUGCCCCCCCACCCCCUCCCUCCCACCUCACCACCGCCGCCACCACCUCCACCACCACCUCGAUGCAACGCUCAAGCAGGCAAAAACACGCCGACUACCACCGAUUAUUCGCUAAGGUGAGGUGUGGCUUACACAUGACGAUUCCUCAGUGCCUGGAAGGCUAGGAUCUAUAACGGCUAGUUUUACCUUCAAGAAUCAUUCCAGAGAGUUUUAUUGGCCACCAUGUCUUUUCCGUGGUCUGGUGCCCUUGUGUGACCCCAAUGACCUCAACACCACUUUUGACCUCAGAGUCGGCCUUGACCCCAACACCCUUUGUGCGACCCCUGAGAAAAGACGUCUACUGACCGUGCACGUGCGCUGCAGUGGGGUGGUCUUCCAAAUGCCUACCUCACGCUUAAAGAACAAAUCACUGCAGCCACAGCCCUGAUCAGCAGCCACCAUGACAUCAAGUAUAGGGGAUGAUUGUAGCAUCUUUGAUGGGUUGAUGGAAGAAGAUGAGAAGGACAAAGCAAAACGCGUGUCCCGUAACAAGUCGGAGAAGAAACGGAGAGACCAGUUCAAUGUCCUCAUCAAGGAACUCGGCACAAUGUUGCCCGGCAACACCAGGAAGAUGGACAAGUCCACCAUCCUGCAGAAAAGCAUUGACUUCUUGUGUAAACACAAAGAAAUCUCUGCCCAGUCGGAGUCGAGUGAGAUCAGGCAGGACUGGAAGCCUCCAUUUCUUAGCAAUGAGGAAUUCACCCAGCUCAUGCUGGAGGCUCUUGAUGGAUUCUUUAUAGCAAUAAUGACUGAUGGAAACAUCCUCUACGUCUCUGAGAGCGUCACCUCAUUACUAGAGCACCUGCCGGCGGACCUGGUGGACCAGAACCUGUUGAACUUCCUGCCAGUUGGGGAACACACAGAUGUGUACAAGGCUCUGUCCACACACCCCACAGACACAGAGAGCCUUAACUCUGACUACUUGAAGACUAAGAAUCACAUGGAGUUCUGCUGUCACAUACUGCGAGGGGCCAUCGACCCCAAAGAACCCCCCGUUUAUGAAUACGUUAAAUUCAUUGGCAACUUCAAGUCCCUCAAUAACGUUCCCAACGUGACGAGGAAUGGUCUGGCAGGGGUGUUACAGCGAUCGCUACAACCUGCCUUCGAUGACCAAGUGUGCUUCGUAGCCACUGUGCGACUGGCCAAACCUCAGUUUAUCAAGGAAAUGUGUACAGUGGAGGAGCCCAAUGAAGAAUUCACCUCAAGGCACAGUCUAGAAUGGAAAUUCCUUUUCUUAGACCAUAGAGCACCGCCAAUCAUAGGCUACCUGCCUUUCGAGGUUCUGGGAACAUCGGGGUACGACUACUACCACGUAGACGACCUGGAGACGCUAGCCAAAUGUCAUGAACAACUGAUGCAGUACGGUAAAGGGAAGUCAUGCUACUACCGCUUCCUGACUAAAGGUCAACAGUGGAUCUGGCUGCAGACCCACUACUACAUCACCUAUCAUCAGUGGAACUCUCGACCUGAGUUUAUUGUCUGCACACACACAGUAGUCAGCUAUGCAGAGGUGAGGGCAGAACAGCGUCGAGAGCUGGGCAUCGAGGAGGCCAAUCCAGAUGUCAGCGCAGAUAAGAGCCAAGAUUCUGGUUCAGAGUCGCAGCUCAAUACGUCCAGCCUGAAGGAGGCUCUGGAGCGAUUCGACCACAGCCGAACGCCCUCCACCUCCUCACGGAGUUCCCGCAAGUCCUCCUCACAUGUCUCUGACAACACUUGCACUUCAACAGCAUCCAAGCUACACAUGGACACGGCCACGCCUCCCCGGCAGUCGCUGGCCUCCACCAUGGAGAUGUCCUCACAGCGUCGCUCAUCCAUCAGCAGCCAGUCCAUGAGCUCCCAAACAACAGGACAGAGUGUAAAUCCAAGCAUGAUCAGUCAACAGCAGCAACAGCAACAGCAGCAACAACAACAACAACAACAACAACAACAGCAGCAGCAGCAACAGCAGCAGCAACAACAACAACCAACACAGCAACUCCAGACAAAUGUACAGCCCGUGAUGGAGUUCACAGCGCAGGUUAAUGCCAUGCAGCACCUAAAGGAGCAGCUAGAACAGAGGACCAGGAUGAUCCAGGCCAACAUCCAACGGCAGCAGGAUGAGCUCAGACACAUCCAAGACCAGCUCCAGAGGGUCCAGGGACAGGGCAUACAGGUAGACACAAACAUGCAGAUGUUGCUGCAGCAGCAGGGUGGAACGAUGAACGUGCAGCUCCCUCAAGUGGGGUCAGUUCAGCAAACGAAUACUUUGACCAAUCAGGUCCAGCAGGCGACGAUUAACCCCGUCCAUUCAGGAACUCAGCAGCUCACCAUCCAGCAGCAGGCUCCGCCCCCUCAGCAGAGCCUACAGCAGCAGACCAAUACCCUCACACAGCCUCAACGUCAGCCCCAGCAACCUCCCCAGGCUCAGCCCCAGGUCCAGGGCUCUGUAUCCGCUCCCUUAUACAACACGAUGAUGAUUUCCCAGCCAGGACAGCCCAACGUGCUGCAGAUCAGCACCAGCCUGCCACAGAACAACACGCAACAGGGCACAACCGUGGCCACCUUCACGCAGGACCGACAGAUUCGAUUUCCAGCAGGGCAGCAGCUGGUGACCAAGCUAGUGACGGCUCCCAUGCACGCCUGCGGUGCAGUCAUGGUGCCCACCUCCAUGUUCAUGGCGGGGCAGGUGGUCACCGCGUACAACCCCUUCGCCGGCCAGCAGCAGGGGGGGCAGACGCAGACCCUGACUCUACAACCGGCCCAACCAACCCAAGGUCAGGCUGACGGUCAAAACCAGACGACUGUAGUGGCACAGAACAGCCAGCAGGGGCAGCAGCAACAACAGCAGUUCCUACAGGUACAGGGCCCUCGUCUUCUUCAUAGUAACCAGUCUACCCAGCUGAUUCUGCAGGCAGCUUUCCCACUCCAACAGCAGGGCACAUUCACCCAGGCCACACAUCAACAGCAACCCCAGCAACAACAGCAACAACAACAGCAACAACAACAGCAGCAACAACAACAGCAACAACAACAACAACAGCAGCAGCAGCAGCAGCAACAAAGGCAACAGCAACAAUCUCACCACCAGAGGCACCAGCAGCAGCUGAAACCACAGCCCCAGAAACAGCAGAAAACCCAGACGUCGCACAGGACUGACAGCGUCAGUAGCCAACCGCAGUGAGGUCUGGAGCGAAAAUGUGAGAAACGCCGCCUGGGGAAUAUAUUUCAUUUUUUUUUUUUUUUUUUUAAGGAAUUGCUGCAAACAUUUGUUUUGGUUGUGUGCGGCUGUCACAAACUUCCUUUUCCUCAAAAUCGCUGCCCUCCCUUCCUCCGUCGGACACAAAUGAUUUAUAGGAAAGAGGAAAGUCUGUGAGACCAUGAGGAACUCACCAAAGACUGUCGCCAUGGCAACUGGAUGGAUUUAAAUUCCCCUUUUCCCUCAUCAGUGCUCCGAUCUCCAAGGAGACCUGGAAAAAAAAAAAAAUAAAUCCGAAAACACCUUAUCGCCACGGUAACGACGGACUCUUUUUGUUUUGUUUUGUUUUUUUUGAAGGUGUGUUAAAGUGGACUGACCAUGUACAGAUUUCCUGUAUGAUAAAAAAAAACAACAACAACAAACAAACUUGUAAAUAUCCAAUAUAGCCUAACAGAAAAACAGAAAUGUAGUAUUUUAUAUGAUUGCAUGGAACGAAUAACUGUGUAAGCUUUUAUUAGUCGCUUUUGAAAAAUGGAUUUUUACUUUGUUCAAGUGUUUUUUUCGGGUCAAAGAUGAAGCAACGCGUCGCUGUCUUAGACCUCCCCACCCCGCCCCUUCUCACAAGAAAAAAAGAAGAAGAAGAAGAAGAAGAAGAAGAAGUCCAGGUCGAGGCUUUAAAGUUCUGUCAGUGUGUCUGAAAAAAAAUGACUGGGCUUGGGUUUUGUUUUUUUUUUUGUGUAAGUUGUGUUUUUAAACACUGUCUCUGAGACAAACAUGGCUCUUUUAACUUACAAAUUAUGUUCGACAAGAAACUAGAUCACAGUUUAACUGAAUUAUUUGCAGGAUGAUCACUGUACGUAUAACGGGUUUAGUGAUUCCAAGUGCCAAUAACAUAGUUGUUUUUUUUUUUUUUUUUAUUUUGAGCAGACUAUUCAAAGGCAAAGGUAUAUAUUUUCCAACAAGAUAUUACCCCUAAUAAUGUUCAUGCGUGUGUAUAUAGUAGGGAUUAUUUUUUAACAGUCAGAGAGCCCUAUACGUAACAAAACAGUAUAUCCUCAACCUCCUGAAACUUUAGCACUUAAUGUGGUUGUGUACAGUAAAUCACUGUCGAGACCUAGUUGUUUGUAAUCUGUGGUGUGACUCGUGAGCUAACGUUCGUUUUUGAGAAUACAAUCUUCGUGUGCAUGAGUGAGUACGUUUGUUAACCUGUGCGUGCGUGCGUGCGCGUCUGUUUGUCCGUCGCCCCUCGUGUCUUACAAUAAUCGACUUAGUAAGGGUUUGAAGUUGCUGGAUGGUACUUGUAUUCUCAGGAAUGUGGAAAGUUUUUUUUGCUUCUGCCUCAGUCUGGAACCAGACCAGGAAGGAUUAGACAGUGAUGCUGCACAGACCAGAGGAAGAGUUGUCAUAAAGGGUGUGGUGACUGAAUUAAAAUUGACCUAGAUAACUUUGGAGCCUUCCUUGAUUCCUUAUCAGAACAAAGGUGGAUUGGGAAGCCUCCAAAGAGAGGGGUAAAAAAAAAAAAAAAUAUCCAGCUUUCUAAAGGGAGUCGUUGAGAUGCAGUAGAGCAGGAAAAUCUAGAGAACCCGCUUAGCUUGGAGUAGACGGGCUUUGCUGUACCGGCCGACCUGCGUCGCUACUAACUUAAUCUCAUGGUCUUCUGUAUCAUCGGUGUUUCGUCCUUCUUUCUCUUCCUAGGCCUCAGAAACCCUCAUGCAGUUCAGUUAACUCGUCUCUCAGUUCUUAGAACGGCAGUUAAAAAAACCAGGGCCGAGCCAAGAUCCGUUUUAAAAAAAAACAACAAGAAAAACCAGAAAUGUAUCUGGGCUCGGCCCUCGUACCUCGGUGAUAAGCCAUAUCAAACAGAAAAGCCUUGGUUUUAAAGGAAGUGUAACUGUUGGCAAAGGAGCAUUGCGAAUGUGUUGUGUUGUUUUCGGACUGUAGUAAAGACCGUGUGUGUGUGUGUGUGUGAGUGAGUGAGUGGGUGGGUGGGUGUGUGUGUGUGUGUGUGAACCUAGUAUCUCCUUUCCUUAAUCCUACUUCUUGUAUCACUCGGGGGGUCAGCGUUGGUGUCCCCUGGCGAUAGCCAAUCAGUUCUCGCGUUGCAGUAUAAAGAAAUAAUUGUAAUUUACAAGAAACGUCCUGUCGGGUUGAGCUCAGUAUUGUGCAAGUCCCGAGGGCGGGACGGCUCAGCUCGAUUAUAUGUGUGUGUGUGUGUGUGUGUGUGCGAGAGAGUUUUUGUGCAUGUUAAAUUUUACUGUAACCCAUUAUAUUUUCAUAUGGAAAUAGAGGCGUGACUGGAAAAUGAUGCAGAGCAUUGGUCACCCCGUCAGGCUAUAAAGGAGAAAAAAAAAAAAAAGGUUAUUGUUUUACAGUUGACGGCUAAACAGUAACGACUCAUCAUACUAACCCUCGGAGAUAAGCUAAAUGUAAAUUAAAUAACCAUUUGUGCAUCCAAGCAGGGCUGAAUCCUCCCGACUUUGUCCACAAAGGAAGGAAGAGUAGAGGCAUUUCACAGCGAGGGUCUAUUUGAACCAGGUCUUCCACCCAUCACAUAGCCAACGUAGAUCAUCCAUAGACUAGUUUGUGUUUAGGGUGUUCACUCUAAGAAAAAAAAAAAAGAGCAAAAAGGUAGUGGUAUUAUGUUUGUAGCGUGUUUCACUGAUACCCAGCCCAAAGAAUGUAAAGGUGUUUUUUAAAAGAGACAAAUGGAUGUUGUAACUGUUAAUUAUAGAGGAGAAAAACUCUGGACAGGCUUUGUGAUGAAGGAACAGGAGCGGUGUGAAAGAUUUAUUCUCGUGGCAGGAAUCCUCUGAAAUUCAACCUCAUUCACUGACUUUGUGUCGUAACGUAACCUCUGAAUGUUUCAUCUUUACAAACUGCAUCGGUUCGUUUUUUUUUUUUUGUUCCCGCCGCUGUGUGUUUCAACAACAUCUGGUAGGAGUUUGAAAAGCUACUGAAAGCUGAGGUGUAGGAUAUUUGAUAUGGGACGCCACUGACAAGACAGCACCCCUCCCCCCCCCCACCACCCCUUUACCUUCCACACAGAUCACCUUUCCACCACACACACAGUUUGGUUCUGAAAAAGUCCUAAUUCUAGUAUAAUACUGUACACAUACACAAAGCUAAGAACACCAGUAUUCUGUGUAAAAUGGUGCUAUGCUUUACCUGUACUGUAUCUAUGUAUAUCCCUUAUUCUGCUCUUGAACUGUGCUCCUUUAUCUACCCCCCCAGGUCAAAUGGUAUAAUAAUCAAUAUUUUGAAAGCAGAAAUGUUUGCUAUUAUUAUUCUAAUAAUCCCUCCUAUCCCCCCACUCUUGGUCAAUUUGAAAAUAAUAAUAAUAAUAAAAAAAAACAAAACAAAACAAAAAAAA